GCAUAAUGGCUCUUACACAGUCGACAUCUGAUAAAAACUCUAAAUUAAUUGCUUUUCCAUGGUGUUUUUGGUGAUCUGUGCAGCAAGCUACUCUGCGUGGAGGCCAUUAAUUGCAUCUGAUUGGUCGUUUGCAGCACGUGAAUCUUUUGAUCGCUUCUCUGUCAUCGGCCUUAAGGUCUGCGUGGAGUGACACGUGACGAGCAUAGUUGGAAUUGGCGCGUUGUUUUCAAAAAUCAACUGUCAUCUCCACAAUAUCGGCUUUGUCGUGUCUAAUGAACUGCCGCUCGGGCAUCUGUGUAUUUUCGUGAAACAACUUUCUCAGAUGUAUGAUACCGCGGUUGAUGCUGUCUCUCCCCAUCUUUUCAAACUGCAUAGACCAAAAAGGAAAAACGGACGCCUCACCCACUGGCCUCGGAGUGUGGGAAAGCUAAUCCUGACUGGGACUCAUGGCUUUGUAAUGCUAAUGAGCUCCUAUAAAUAGAGGAGCACGGCCCUCAUUCCCAACACAACCAACUUGCUCUCCUCAGAGGAACAUCUCUCCAUCUGAAAGAAUGGCUCCAACUUACACGAAUGACUACUCCAAACUUUCCAACAAGGAGAAACAUAAAUUAAGAAAACCCGCAGUGGAAAAGAUGCGCAGAGAUCGCAUCAACAGCUGCAUCGAGCAGCUCAAAUCCAUGCUGGAGAAGGAGUUCCAGCAGCAGGACCCCAACACCAAACUGGAGAAAGCCGAUAUCCUGGAGAUGACGGUGGUCUUCCUGAAACGGCAGCUGCAGAACAAGACUUCGGCUCCACAGAAAGCCCACUUUGACGGCUAUUCCCAGUGUUGGAGGGAAACCAUGAGCUUCCUAUCGGUCAACCCCAAGGCGGACGCUGUACGUCAACAUCUGAACCACUGCCAAGAAGCCCAGAGAUCAGCUAAAGACCUCAUCCACUCGUCUCCAGCUUCCCAUCAGCCCAGCAAGGUGAAGCAGGAACCAUGUGCCCACAGACCGCUCUGGAGACCCUGGUAGAGACUCCAGGAUCAAAGACUUUCACAUCAAAACUAGAUGGUGGUUUUACCAUCUCUUAUAUUGUAGGAGAUAAACAUUUCCAUAUUUCUAGGUUCAUUUCUUUUGAAAGAAUGUCUUUUAUGGUACUUCACGCUGUGAAGUUUGUGGAAGGAAAUGGGUUUCACAAUGUGAAAGUCUAACCUUCGACAGAUGAUUGUAUUAUGAUCAGAGGUUGCCUCUAGUUUUCCUCAUGGAUGGACAGUAAUAUAAGUAUUAAUAAUCUUCACGACGAAGAGUCGAGGUUUAACUCCUGUGGAGUCGAUGACUAAGUAAUUAUUUGCAAUGUUUGAUCACUGUUUGUAAAUGCAAAUUGUAUUGUUUCUUCUUAUGAAGGAUGUGAUUUUCACUUGUUUCUAAUAUAUGGUGGUGACAUAUGUUAAUUGUGCAAACAUACGGUCACAUAAAAUAAACACUAUUUGAAUAU